AAAAGAAGCGUUCACUCCCUCCAGAGGAGCGCGCAGCUUUUUUCAGGGAGCCAGUGGUGGGAAAAAAAAAAUCCAGUCAGCGUUUUGUAGCACUUUCAGAUGACUUCUUCUACCUCGUUAGAGAUAUUUGCAUAGCUGACAGUCCAUUUGACGCCAGUUUAAGGAAUGUUUUAGGGACAAAUUGUCGCCAGGGGGCAAUUGGAGCGGGCAGUAAUGCGGAGAGAUCAAGUCUCAGUAGUUUGUCGGUAUGAACGCAGCGCAGACGGACCCUGAGAAACUGCUUUCAUGGAUUGACUGAUUGAUUGAUUGGCAUUUGAUUUUUUUUAUUUUUUCCAAUAUCAGAGGAUUCUUUCUGUGUCGUGGUUAGUGAAAAGAAAAGAGACAAAAUCGUGGAUUAUUUUUGGGAGUCGAGGAUUUUUUUUUCGGCUUUAACGAGGAUAUUUAUUUAUUUAUUUUUUCAACAGUAAGCCCCCGGCUGGGUCAAGGAUCCGGAGAGGGGAAUUAACCUUUCACAAGGUGGAAAUAUUAGCCGUGUUGGACCCCUAACUCAUCUCUCCUGCCGCUGAGUCCAACAUGAAGUCAGUCACUGUGUGGAUGUGCGUUCACAUCUUUCUCCUGCUCUUAGAUCAGGCAGCGAGUUCCUGGGAUGGCCCCUCAGCUUUGUCCUUGUCCUUGGCCAGUCUUCCAGGAUCUGCAGGCACCAGGUCUGGGCCUGGAGCCCAGCCAGAGUGGGUUGACUGCAUCCAGGCAAGUGACAUGUGCAACCAGAACCCGUACUGCAGCUCUCGGUACCGGGUGAUGCGCCAGUGCCUUGUGGGCAAAGAGAAGGAAGCCAUGCUGGACAACAACAGGGAGUGCCAGGCUGCCUUGGAAGUGCUGCUGGUUAGUCCUCUGUAUGACUGCCGCUGCAAAAGGGGCAUGAAGAAGGAGCUGCAGUGUCUGCAGAACUACUGGACCAUCCACAUGGGGCUCACUGAAGGUGGAGACAUGGAUGAUUCAUCCCCGUAUGAACCAGUAGCACCAAACCGGCAACCUGAUGCUUUCCGCUUGGCCUCCAUCUCUUCAGGGAUGCUUACGGUGGCCCCAAAAGGUUUCCAAUGUCUCGACCCUGAAAGAAACUGCAACCCCUGUCUUGAUGCGGCCAAGGCCUGCAACCUCAACAAUGGCUGCAAAAGGCAACGCUCCACCUACAUCUCUACCUGCAGCAAGGAGGACCCCAACAGGGGUGAAACCUGCAGUAAGAAGCGCUGCCACAAAGCGCUGAGGUUGUUCCUGGACCGUGUGUCCCCUGAGUUCAGCCACAGGCUGCUCUUCUGCCCCUGCCAGAGUGAGGGCUGCGCUGAACGACGCAGGCAGACAAUUGUACCAGAUUGCUCAUAUAAAGAUAAGGAGAAACCCAACUGUCUGGAGCUACGGAGGGUCUGCCGCCAGGAUUCUCUCUGCAGGUCGAGGCUGGCUGAUUACGUGGUGAACUGCUGGGUGCCUCCACAGACAGGAAGUACCUGUCCCAACCAAGACAAUCACCAGGCCUGCCUGGCCUCCUACGCACGGCUCAUCGGGACAGAGAUGACUCCCAACUAUGUCGACAACAGCUUCUCCAACUGGACCAUCUCCCCGUGGUGCACCUGUAAGGGCAGCGGAAACCAGGAGGAGGACUGCAUGAACUUCCUGCGGUACUUCACCGAUAACACAUGCCUAAGAAAUGCCAUUCAGGCCUUCGGUUACGGGAUAGACAACAUGCAGAACAAAAAUGUGUCUACCCCUGGUCCCUCAGUGAAGACGAAGACGGGGUCGGAUUGGUCGACGAGCACCUCAGAACCUCCCCUUGUCACCAUCCCAAAGUAUCCUGAACCAAGUGGUGGCCUGGGCAAAACCGGGGGCCUGCUAGAGGAUCACUCUGCCUGUCUUUGUGCCAACGUCUGGGCUCUGCUUCCCGGCCUGGCUUUGGCUCUGGUCCUGGCCCAGCAUGCCUUAUAGGAGCGCCAGGAGGAGAAAAAAGAGGUCAUCCACCCACAAGCUGAUCCCAAAAGCAGAAGGUGUUAUUUCUGAGACUGAUAUUAAGAAGGCUGAAUCUCUGGGCAGUUGACAUAAAUGGCAUUUUCGAAAGAGGAAAAAAACAAAAAGAGGUUGAAAAAAUUGAAAUUUUACAAUUGUGAAUUUGUUGUUCAUUUGAUGUAUUGUUAGGGUGGACCAUGACUGUGAUGAAGCACAUGGCUUUUAAAAGGACCCUUGAUAGGAGAGGCCACGGCAGCCGUUCUCUGGGAACGACUCUCCCUCAGACUGAGACACAAAAACCUGGAGGACUGAAGCUGAUCAUUUCAAAGACUGCACUUUUCUCACCAAAGGAGGGAGCGAGGGAAUGAACAACAUAAUUAAAAGAAGACAGGAUUGACAGAAAAGAAAUUGUUGCAGAGAGAAAAGGAAUGAGCAAGAGGUAAAUGGGGUUGAGUGAGAGCGGGAGGAGGAAGAGAGAGAGAAAGAGACAUAUUUCUGCUAUCAGUCACACUUUUUUUUGUCUUGAAUUGGUUCUCGACUUAAUCUUCUCUUGGAUGAACAGACCACAAAUUUAGGGGUGGGGAUGGGGGAUGAUUACAUUCUGUCUCUUCAACACUAGUGUAAACUCUAAACUGUAAAGCCUACUCAGUGUUCUAAGUGUUGGUAUAGUAUCCGUGACCAUAAUCAAUCUACCGUACAGCUCUUUCAUUUGGGUGCUACAGUAUACUUUUUCAGCAGGCGGAGAAAAGAGCUAAAGAUUGCGACGUAACCAGUAAAUGGUCAUUUGAGAUGUUGUUGUUAAUGAGUGUGGGUGUGCGCCAUACGAACACCUGCACAUGUGUAUAUUUCUGUCUCUAUGUAUAUAAACAACACUUUUCUUUCAUUCAACCAAAUGAUAUCAAUGGUACCUUGAAUGGACAUUACUGUACGCAAAGAUGGUUCUGUAUUGGUACUAAUGGAAGGCCUUCAUUAUCUGCGUUUAUAUUUGUCUAUAAAGGUUUGAUCACAAAGAAUGUAUACAGGGAUGAGAUUAAACAAGCUCAAACUGCUUUGAAAGCCAUAACCUGUGUGUGAGUAUCAUGCUGUGUUCACUGAGUGUGUGCGCGUGGACAAUUAUUAUAAUGCGUGUUCGUCUAUGUUCCCAUGCAGGAGAAAAGUAGCUUAUAAGGAGCAGUUUAAAUUGCCAGUGUGGGGGUUCGUUCGGCCCCCUUAGAGAGCAGAGGUUAUGAUGCAUAGUGUAAUUAACUGCAGGGUUUUUUUUGUGAGAGUCAGGACUGCCACCAGUGUUUAAGAGGGCUUUGAUUCAGCUUAAUAACUUUCUUGUUCUUCUCUUUAUAUAAAGUUUUAAUUGUCCCUUAUUUUAGCUAAACAAAAAUGUCCUUAAUAUGAUUUAUAUGACCAUGUCAUACUACCAUAAUUACUAAAAAAUAUAUAUUGUUGGGGGGGAAAAACAUCAUUUGAGAUGUCAGUUUUUCUCUAAAGAUGUCUUCAGAAUAAUGUAGCUAUUCAGUAUCAACCUAAAGGAAUAAUUCGACAUUUUGGACAAUCAAAACUUCACUUUUGACAGGAUCAGUUCAGACUUUUCAGUACUUUUAAUACUCAAUGUGCCCCACAUGUACAUUAAAAAUAUAUUAGCUGCAAUCAUUCAUCCUGUCCACUUGAAGCGAUGCCUUCUCCGAGAGGACACUGAAGCAAAAGGACUGUGGAUUUUGUCGCAUAUGUCAGUGUUUUCCAACCAGGGUCGAACAAAAGAAUAUUUCCACAUAUUAAGCCAACUGUAACACCUGACAUGCAUGUUGCAGUAAGAGCACAACAAUCUCAACACCUGCCUGAAACUAAUGAAUAAAUGUUGAAAUAAAUGGUUGGGUAAUGACAAACAAUGCAAAGUGGUCACACACACAUCCAAAAUACCAUUAAAGGCAAGUGGGGGACCAAUACAAGACUGCAUGCGUCCACAGCUAGUCUAAUUAUACAUGAAACUAUUUGGAUGCGCUAAUAAAUUGCACUUAAGGGAGCUACAGUGUGCAGGUCUUUGUUUAUAUUUUCAUAAAAAAAUUAGGACUAAACAGUUCCAAUAAUUACCGAAAAGUAAUGAAUAAAUUUGAAAUAGUAAAGUCCUGAAUGACCUGUACAGUAAUUUGCUAGUAAUGAAUAAACUGUUAAAAAUGUCCACUAAAAGUAAUUAAAAGAAGCUGAUAAAGUUAGUUAAAGUAAGGGAUACAUGGUUAAAAUAUUCAGUUUCACCCCAAGUAGUAGUGCUUAGAUAGCUGACCAAGCCUAAAUAUUGCCAUUUUUACACAAUACUCACCUUUAUAUAAUGAAUGCUGUUAUAUAUUUAGAUCAUACAUUGGGAAUUGAUUAGGGGAUACGUAUGUGAGUUAAUGGCCAGUGUGAAAAGCAACCAAUAUUUUUUCAAUGUAUAUAUUGGUGUCAAAUUAAAACAUUGUAACUUCUUCUUUAAGAACCUCCUGGCUGAAUCAUUUCACAUAGUUUAAUAUGUAGCAAGAUGUAUUUCUGUAUAUUUAUACAUACAUAAUUCUUUCCUUGCAGAGACUGAAUGUUGACUGUGACGCGCAAUCAGUGUUUCCACCAAAAUGUUUAUGUCUUCAGGCGGCACAUCAAGUAUAGUGUUGUGCCACAUAAAUGUAUGCUACUGAACCAAGCGGCUUUAUGUUACCGGCUGAUUUAGAAAAAAGGUUUACAAUCUGUCACAGGAACAGAUGUCAAAUUAAACUCUGCUCAAUGUGUUACUGUUAACUCUAGCUGCACCACAUACAGUGUGGUCAGGUCUGGCAGAAAUUACAGUGAUUUCCCCAAACUGGUGUGUUUACUGCUCUGGGCUUUAAAAUGUCAAACACUUGAAUAUGACAUGUAUAAUUUUUCAUUGUGAGCUCCACUCUCAACAAAUUUGAACAGUGACUCUGUGUUUAAUGUUUUGGCUCGGUCUUGUUAUCAUUUUGUGUCAAAAGAUAUGGUGACUCUUUGAGGUAAAAAGUACAGACAGUUUCAUUUUAGGGAUUUUUUUUUUCUUUUACCAGUCUCAUAACAAAUAUUCUCACAUUUGUAACAUCAGUCAAUAUUUCAAACUACCCAAGUAGUUUGAAAAGAUAAAAUGAUACAGAAUAUAUUAAUAAUUUGUUUUCGCUGUCAGACGUAAGCAGCAUCUCUGUUUUUGUUUUUUGUUUUUGAUCAGAUAUUGUUCUUGGCAGUGCUGCAGUCCUUUUGAAUUAUAAAAUGUGUCUGUAAAAGCAAGCUGUUCAAAUUACUCUGAAGGCAUAGAUUAUAUGGUGUACAGAUAGGGUUGUUUAAGUAAAAAAGAAAAGAAAAUAGGUUGGUUGUGAAAAACAGUUCUAUGUAAUUAUCUAUCCACAGUACAAGUCAGACUUCAUGUUUGAGAAUCAAAAAGUAAGGGUUUCUUAUCCUGCAUCAACAUUUAACAAUUUGAGAGAGAGAGAAAUCCAUCAAAGACGAAGCAGAGCUGCCAAUUCUCCUGCAAGAACAGCCUCAGUAGUCCAUAAUGCAAUACCGCCAUAAUAUAGUGCAGACCCCAUCACAGACAAUAUUCCAUAAUGCAGACAUGGGUCCUCAAAAUAGAAGACAAACUGUAUUAUUUCUACAUGCUUACAUUUUCAUAUUAAAUUACAAGUAUAGUUUGUUUUAGCUCACUGUGACAUGAUGUGUUUGUCCAGUCAGACUCUCCUUUACCUGCAGUCACUUACACCUCAAUGUAUUUUACAUUUUGCCUGAAUAAUUUAGAGUUCAGUUGAGUCUCGAGCAGGAUUAUUACUGGGAGACGGUAAAAUGCAGACAGACUGCAGCAUUUGUACCUGCAUGAUAACAAGAAUCUGGUGAUGUUUCUGGGUUGUGUACUGUGAGAAGUCACUGACUGACACUUUAUGUUCCACCCUUUUGACAACAUAAAAUGUUUUUUGGGCUUUCACUCGCUGUGUGGAACCAAAUAGAGUUCUUCAUGCCUCCGCAGAGUGCUGUAAAUGUAAAUCACAGCAUUUGCCUGUUAGCAGUAUAUUCUGUUCCAUAAAUGCAACAUGAAAGUGAACCUCUGC